AUGACAACAGAUAUUGAACAAUAUCACAACCAAAGCCUGAUUCUUAGCAUUUCACAUGUAAACUUCAUGGAUCCUGUUCUGCAAUAUGAAUUGCAAUUGAUGUUCAUAGAGUCUGUUUUUAAAAUGCUAAUGGCUGUCCCAAGAAUAAACAAAGUAAAAGAAGUAAACCAUUGCAGUAAUUAUGAGGAGAACCUGCUGGUUUUAUAUCAAAAUAUUUUUAAUGUAUUUGAAGAUACUCUUCUGGUCUUAGUGUCUAAAGACCUCUAUAAACUACAGAUCUUAAAGGAAAUAGUCAUUUGGAUGAGUAAAGAUAGCUCAUACAUGCAGGAAAGGAUCAUGGAAAUCAUAAGUAAAGUGCUAAGCUUUGCAUCUGAGAAAGUCAAGGCACAUAGAAGUGUGGAUGCUCCAUGUUUGGGUGAACUGGCAGCAGAAAUGUCACUUUUAUGUUCUCAUUCUGAUCUUGCAAUCACAGAACAAGCAUCCUUGGGAAUGUAUCACCUCCUCUGCAUUGCAAAAUGUCAGAAUGAAGAUAUUUUCAAAAACUAUCAGAAGCUUGAAAGUAGUAACACAACUUCUCAUCCUGAGACAGAAUUUCUUCCCAUGAUCUUGAAACGAGACAAAAGUAAAAUUGCUCAGAAUGUAGGAGAAAGCUUAAUGCCAUCUUUGCUGACUAAUUUUGUGUGGCAUCUCCUGAUGAAACUCUCUGAAACUAAUUACAAAACGGUGUUCGAGGCUGCAACUAUGCUGACAAUGACUUUGGAAUAUCAUGCUGAUAAAGUCACCAUGGUGUCUAAGAUUGUGGAUACUAUUUACAAGAAAUUGUGUGGAAAUUGUACUUACUUUAUGAAUCAUGCCAUGUUGCGGGUCAUUACUUUGUUAACACGUACUUCACCAAAGAAAGUCAUCUUUCAACUUAUGGACUACCCAGUCCCAGCAGACAACACUCUGUUAAUGAUGUGGCUUGCCGCCGGUUCUGAAGCAAGUGUGGCCCCUCACGUGCUGAAUACACUCUUGCUAAUACUGAAAGGAAAGCCUGGGGAGAUGCUUGACAGCUCAACAGGAAGAAGACGUCUCUCUCUGGAUGCUACUAACAUGAUGCCUGUGGCGGCUUCCCAAGCCUUGUGCACUUUGCUGCCUGCUAGUUCUUACAGGAAAGCAGUGGCCCAGUUCUUCCCCCAGCUCUUGAUGGCCCUCAUGCUUCAAGUCUGCUACAGCAGUGACCUGAGACUGACCAAAAGUUACAGGCCGUUCUUUGCCAGAGAUGCCCUGAGAACCCUGCUGAAAUGUUCUGACCUGCAAGAGGUAGACAAUGCUCUUCAGAAAAAGAGGUGCUGGAGCCAGUUUUCCCACAUGCUGUUUUACCCUCAUGGGGUCUACCUUGUUGCCAAGACACUCGGUGAAUAUCACUUUCCACAGUUUGUAGAAACCUUGCAUUAUGUCUACAAGCUUUCGGUAGAAGAUCCUAGAAGGUCAGAAGACAGUAUCACCAUAGCAAUAUUCCUCAUUGAAGUGAGUUUUAUUAGGGGACUGUUAAGAGUUUUUAAUGCCAAACUGAUUUCUGAAAAUGCAGUGCCAGCCGAUGCUCCCACGGCAGUCUGGGGGUGUGCUCUUCUUCCCACACUCACCACCACUCAAGAGCUUUCCAAUAUAGAAAACGUCUGCAGCUUAAUAUUUUCCAUCCUGGAUGCCUUCCUUUCCAAAGACAAGACUGUAGUCAUUCGGGCCUUGCUCACCCUCCGAAAACUUUUAGCAAAACUGGACAAGGUGAUCUAUUCUUCUGUGUGCAGAAAGAUAGCUUCCCGCUAUUCUCUUCUAAUGGAACAUAGUAAUGGAGGCAUUCGGAGCAUGGCCAUCUGGCACUUUGGUGAAUUACUCAAGGACAUGAAUCAGUACACAUGGAUGCUCAAUGAUGUGGUCUUGGAAGUCUUGGUGCCUCUGAUCCUGUUUUUGGGAGAUACAGAAUUAAGAGUAGUUAGAGCAUGUAAAUAUACAUUAAAAAUCUAUACCUCACAGUUAAACUGGUCAACAUCAUAUUGGCUCAACGGCAGUAAUUACAAUUUUGAGAUGGUGGUGCUUAGCAUCUGCAACAAUCUUUACGUUUCUCACUGGAGAUACAUUACAGCUUUGAUAUCUGAUACCUUAGGAUUUCUGAGGAGCUCCCAUGCAUAUCUGAGGAGAGGGGCAGUUAUCUUAACAGGGUACUUGGCAAAAUUGUGUGGCCAUUUACUGUUCAAAGAUGAAAUUGAAAGUAUGCUUGAUGCUAUUGAACAACUGCUGAGGGAUGAAGACCCUGUGAUCAAGAAUUUGGCCAAAAAAACCCAGAAGGUUAUUAAGGAAACAGAGCAUAGACUGACCUCCUCAAGUAUUAAACAAACAUUCCAAAGAUUGUUUAACUUCUUCUACUUCAAAAAAAUGAAGAUAAUUUAUCAUUAUUCUGAGACCCGCACAUGA